AUGAACAGCAUUAACUACCAGGCUUUCAACAGCCUGGAGCCCUCAAAACAGCAGAACUAUGAUUUCCUUUCAUUCACUGCGCCUUUGGACAUUGUCGCACCCUCCCCCGAUCUGUUUGAGACUGAACUCGAUUUAAACCUCGAGGGACUCGACGACUCGCAGAUUCCUUUUUUCACCGUUGAUUCCAACGAUGCCUUCAGCCAACUGAGGUCAGGCAACCCUACCUGCGGUCCCCCUUCUACGUUCACCAUCUCCAGCGAAUCGACAUAUGAAUCGACACCAUCUGCCUACUCUGCAUCGUAUUACAAUAACUACACCCCCUCAGCUUACGCCACCUCCGCGUACUCACUUGAGUUCAAUGAGGUGGACUUGAGGCGUAUCGAUCUCAAUACUUUCGCUGACUCCUUCGGCCCGAGCAUUGCCGUUGACACCGUCGAUCCCACUACGUUUAAUGACAGUCCCUCCCCUUCGUCGACAUCCACGCAUGCCCUGUCUGCGUACGAGGUAGUUGAGGAGUAUGAGAAAUAUAUUCCUCGCAGCUCCUCCGACUACUCGCCCAGCAACCGCGAAGCGGACAUUUUCUCCCACCAACCACAUACCCAUAAGGCAGCUCCGCCUGCUGCUUCAGCAACCAAGCCCUCUAGACGGGUCUCUAGCGCCAGCGAUGCGGGCCGUCCUGUCGACCCUCGCCGCAAGUUCAAGUGUACCGUCUGCUGCCACGGUUCGUCUCCUCAACGCACCCCUUUGAUCGACGCUGGAAUCUGA